UUAUGGAUCCCUCGAUUAAAACAAGACCUCAUUUAUACCUUUCGGACCAACAGAAAGCAUCAGUUCGAUGGCUGAAGACAACAUUUAUUUCAUGCGAGACGUCUAAAAUACGCUGUCAACAGAUGCACGAAAUGCACGAAAUUGCGGUUCGCAGCAUAAGCCAGGUACUGUUAGGUAGACUUAUAAAAAAAGCGUUUCCGGGCCGAAGUGUUAGAAGAAAUACCGGACGAGAUGGUAAAUCCUGGUAUUAUGGUUUACGCCAAAUCGACGGAGAUGUUAAGGAGACGGAAGACGGCAAAAUGAACGUCUCAGUGUGUUUACAGAAGGCAAAGAAGAAAUGUCGAUCAGCUUUGAACAUGUACCGCCGUGAAAGGCUUGAAAAAGAACGUGUCAUGGCGGAACUUGAAAAGGUGCAGUAUAGCAAUACUGCAAAAUUACCAUCAUCACUGUUCAUUAAAAAAAAACAACUCAUAGACAGUCCUCAUACGAGAGGAAUACUCGGAAGUGGGUCCUUCGGUGAAUGCCUGCUACAAACAUUCAGAGGAAUGGUCGUGUCCGUCAAACAAUUCAAACAUCUUGAUCUGCAUAAACGGCGUGUUCGUUAUGAGGUCGUCAAGGAGGCAAAGGUUCUAUUGAACCUUAAUGCCUCACAACACGUACCAUACCUGAUAGGCAUAUCAGUAGAAGAUCCUCCAUUCGUUUUAGUAACUUCAUUUCAUGGAAUAAGCUUCAAGUCAAGUACCUUACAUUCGGUAAUGUCGCGAAAAACUGAUAUUCGAUGUAAUCCUAUUGACUGGAUAGUUGUUGUGAAACAAAUUUGUGUUGGGCUUGGCGACAUUCAUAACAGUGGUUACCUCCACAAUGACUUAAAAACAGAUAACAUUCUCAUCGAAUAUGAAGGGUCGGGAGUUAAUAUUGUCAUUAUUGACUUCGGUAAAAGCUGUCUAAUACGCAAGGCAACACGUAAAGUAAUAUCUAUAGAAGAGAGACAAAGUUACAGAAAAAGAUACCCAUGGGUCGCAAAUGAGAUAAUUGAUGGAAGCGCGACAUUUUCCAUUGCAAGCGAUAUCUAUUCAUUGGGAUAUGUUGUCAACAUGAUUCAGAAGUUUGGUCACUUGAACACCACGCGAUUUCUAAACAUUUGUGAGCAAUGCAUGUCGAAUACUGUUUCUUCUAGACCAUCUUUACCAAGAGUAAUUGACCUCAUUUCUGGUAUAGUUUAGUGGGUGUGUUGGAUGUGAAAAAAGUAGGCCUACUGCUGCAGCAUCGAACAAUGGUUAACCCACUUUGAAAAGAAUUGGGAAGAAUUCCAGCUCCAGCAAAAAUAAGAUACAUUGUCCAGCUGUCAUCAAUUUGGUAACAAUCGUUUAUCAAAAUUAAGCCCGGUGUGACAGCGAUCCAAGUCCCCCAGGGAUGUAAGUCCGUUUCUAACCCAAACCAAACCUCAUAACAAAGCGAAGCUAUUGUACGUGGGACCUAUAUCCCUAGGACUUCUAUCACUGUGACACCGGUGUUCUAUCAAUAAA